AUGUAAUAUUAGGAAAAAAUCCCAGUUAAAGUGUUCAAUAACUAAAGAUGUGCUUCUGUGUGGAUAGCUGGAGAGAUAGCACAAAUUAUCAAGUAGAAAUAAGCUUAGCAGCUCCCUUGUGUUCUGGGUUUAGCUACUGGAUCAACUCCAAUUCAGGUCUAUAAGGAGCUAGUUAGAUUACAUAAGGAAGAAGGAUUAUCAUUUUAGAAUGUGAUAACAUUCAAUUUGGAUGAAUAUUUCCCAAUUCCUAAGGAAUCUCUCCAUUCGUAUUACCAUUUCAUGCACGAGAAUCUAUUCAAUCAUGUGGACAUUCAGAAGGAGAACAUUCAUAUCCCAGACGGAACCUUAAUUAAGGAGUAGAUUGAGGACUUUUGUCAAUACUACGAAAAGUUGAUAUUGGAGAAGGGGGGAUUGGACUUUUAGCUGUUAGGCAUUGGAAGCACUGGACACAUUGGAUUUAAUGAGCCAGGAUCUUCAGUGAAUAGCAAAACCAGAUUGAUCACUUUGGAUAGGAAAACAAGAGCAGAUGCUUCGUCUUCAUUUUAUGGAAUUGAAAAUGUUCCAAAAUAUGCAAUAACAAUGGGAAUUGGAACCAUAUUAUAAGCAAAAAAGAUCAUAAUAGCUGCAUUCACAGAAGGAAAGUAAAGGAUAGCAUCGACAGUGAUUGAAGGUUAACUUUCAUCAUAGUAUCCUGCAACAUUCUUGUAGAAUCACAAGAACACAUUGUUUGUUUUGGAGAGAGCAUCAGCUUAAGGGUUGACAAGAUAUCAAGCACCUUGGUUGUUGGAGGCUUAAGGGUUGAAGGGUGAAUUGCAAAUAAAGUACGAUUUAAGUACAGCAAAGAAGGGAGUGAUAUGGUUGAGUUAGAAAGUGGGAAAGCCAAUAUUGAGAUUAUAGUAGGAAGAUUACGAGGACAAUGGAUUGUUGGAGUUGAUCACUUAGAUUGGAUAAGGAAACUGUGGGAUAGUGAAUUUGACAGUGUUUAGAGAGUUAACAUAAAUAAUUACUGGAUGGCCAGCAGGAGGAAGACCUGAUAAAUUGCCAGAAUCAUACUUUACUUAGAAGAAGGCAAUAAGCAAAUAGAAGAUCAUAAUAUUUUCACCACAUCCAGAUGAUGAUGUGAUUUGUAUGGGUGGAACUAUGAAGAAACUAACUAAUUAGGGUCAUGAAGUUCAUGUAGUAUAUAUGGUGAGUGGUAAUUUGGCAGUGUUUGAUUUUGAUGCUCUGAGAUUUGCAGAUGUUUUGAAGGAGACUUCUAAGGUGAUUGGUGGAAAUGGAGAAGAAUUUUAUGAGAAAGUGAAAAAAUAGAUCAAAGAUAAGAAGCCUGGAGAAGUAGACGGUCCAGAUCUGGCUUAUGUGAAGACUAUAAUCAGAAGAACUGAAGCAAGAAGUGCUGCAUUGUGCACAGGAGUGGAGGAAUAGAAUAUUCAUUUCUUGGAUUUGCCAUUUUAUGAGACUGGUAAGUCAUAGAAGAAACCACUUGGUGAAGAGGAUAAGCAAAUAGUGAAGGAUAUAAUAUUGAAGAUUCAACCAGAGUAUAUUUAUGCUGCUGGAGAUUUGACUGAUCCACAUGGAACUCAUAGAGUGUGUUUGGAAUCUAUCUUGGCAGUGUUGCCAUAAGUAAAGGAACAAUUACCAAAUUUGAACACUCUCUUGUAUAGAGGUGCUUGGUAGGAGUGGGAAUUGGAUAAAGUAACAAUGGCAGUACCAUUGUCCCCUGAUGAAUUGUAUGAGAAGAGGAUUGCAAUAUUCAAACAUCAGAGUCAAAAGGAUAGGCCAAUGUUCCCAGGGUCUGAUAGUAGAGAAUUCUGGUAACGAUCGGAGUCUAGAAAUAAGGAGACAGCAAGAUUGUUCACUAAUUUGGGAUUUGUUAAUUAUGAGGCAUUGGAAUGCUUUGUUUCUUUGGAUGUGUUGGUUAUGUUGGGAGAGUUGUGA